AGUACACUAGGUUACAGUACCUAUUAAAAGUUAUACUUCGUACAUAAUCCAUUUCAACUAACCUGGUAGUAGCUAUCGGGUACGUCAGUGCAGCUAUCGGAUUUUAUUCUUCAACCAUUUCUGCAAAGUCUAAGAAGUAGGUACUCACCUAGUUAUUAUUUCUUUCCUCAAUCGUAUCUUGUUCGCAAGGCAUAAUAUGACAUAGAUAAGGCAGUUCUUUCCUUAGUUAAUCCCCUCAGCUUGUCCAAGGCCUCCGCACCCCCCAAAUUAUCCACCCCAACACGACCCCCGUAAGGCAACUGAGAAGGCAAAACGUACCACCAACGCACCAUUGCGACUGCCAGCCGAAGAUUAACCGGGGUUCGUUAGAGCCUGGAAGGGAAAAGCUUUGAUACACACCACUUAGCAGUUGCAUCCCACACCUCCACAGUGCAGUGCUACGACCGACACCUACCGACUUCAUUUCGACCAUUCAUCUAACAAGGAGUCAACUGUACCUAGCUUUACAAUUCCGCCGACCAUUAUAUUUCUUUUUUUCCUACCAUUCUGCCUUCAACACUCUGAACGAAUUAAUCAGGAAUAAUUGCAGCUAGUAAAAGACGUCUCAACGAAGACCGAUGGGAAUAGCAUUACGUUGAAUCCAUCGGUCGCAUGUAGCCACCAAUUGUCAUGUCCGCCGAAGCGACCGCCGCGAUGGCGUCUGCGCCCGAGAAAGAGAUGGUUGAGAUCGAGGUCGCAAGUGACCAACCUAGCAAUGAUGCACUCAACAAUAAAGCCACCGGCCUCCACUCACCGCCCGAUAGUAACAGCGCAAUGAAGUUGGACGGUAGCGACGAUUCCGAAUUGAGUGAUCUCGACGAUCCCUCGUUCAUGGACAUGGACAUAGACAUGCACUUGCAUAUCAACCCGUCUCCUCCUGCUCCACCACUUGAACCUGCAAAUGAUGAUCAAGACGUUAAGCAAGAGGAAGAGGAAGAUAUCGGGGAGGUCAUUCCUGACCAUUGGUCUGGUACUGUUCCUGUCUUCAAACCAAACAUGCACCAGUUCAAGGAUUUUAAGAAAUUCAUGACAAAAGUCGAUUGUUACGGGAUGAAGUCUGGCAUUAUUAAGAUCAUCCCGCCCAAGGAAUGGGCAGACAAACGUCCUCCUCUGGAUGAUAUGAUCAAGCAAAUCAAAGUUAGGGAACCUAUCAAACAGGAUAUCAUGGGUUCCAAUGGAACCUAUCGACAAGUCAACAUUCUCCACCAGAGAUCCUACAAUAUUCCACAGUGGCGACAGCUCUGCGACCAAAGUGAACACCAGCCUCCUGCUAAACGAGGUGAGAGGCGUGCACAGGCACCGUCUAAACCGAAACCAGCUUCGUCCUCAAGUGCCACCGAUUCUAAGAGACGUCGAUCGACUAGGGGUCGAGGUAAGCGAGGUGCAGCAAAAGACAAGGUAGACCAAGAAGACCGACCGAUGACACCUGUCUCGCCAAAACCGAACGAAGAGAUUGUUGAGUCCGUAGAGCAGGACCCGGGUGCUGAGGUAGAUGAUGACGACGACGGUCCCCCGGUUGUUGGUCGGAUGGGUGGCGCUAGACAGGCCAAACCUAAGUUACAAUCUACAUCAGCGCGGAGGAAGUUCUCGAGGCGAGAGGCAUCAGCUAGGAUCGAUGAGGAAGCCUUCAAGGACUUCGAUUACCGUAUGGACAUCUCCGACUAUACACCUGAUAGGUGUGAGGAGCUUGAGCGCAUAUACUGGAAAACUCUUACAUAUGCACAGCCACUUUACGGUGCUGAUCUUCCCGGAACACUUUUCGAUGACGAAUGCGAUACUUGGAAUCUUAAUAAGCUCCCGAACCUCCUUGACGUCUUGGGUACCAAGGUGCCGGGCGUUAACACGGCAUAUCUUUACCUCGGUAUGUGGAAGGCGACUUUCGCAUGGCAUCUUGAAGAUGUCGAUCUAUACAGUAUCAACUACCUACACUUUGGUGCUCCGAAGCAGUGGUACAGUAUUUCUCAAGGCGAUGCGCGCCGGUUCGAAGCUGCGAUGAAGAGCAUCUGGCCAACAGACGCGAAGGCCUGCGACCAAUUUCUACGACACAAGGCUUUUCUAAUCUCGCCAAACCAUUUGGCGAAUUUCUACAAUAUCAAAGUCAAUAAGUGCGUCUCCUACCCGGGGGAAUUUGUUGUCACUUAUCCGUAUGGUUAUCACUCGGGGUAUAAUUUGGGCUAUAACUGUGCCGAGGCUGUAAACUUUGCCUUGGAUUCCUGGUUGCCGAUGGGAAAGAUCGCCAAGAGAUGUGAAUGUGCUCAAGCGCAAGAUAGCGUUUGGGUCGACGUGUAUGAGAUCGAGCGUAAAUUGAGAGGAGAAGAGACAGACUAUGAAGAAACGGAGGAUGAAGAGGAUGAGGAUGAGGACGAAGAUGAUGAUGACCUCGAUAAUGGUGUACCGACACCGCCUUCGUCUAAUGCUGUGAGAUUUAAGCAGCCUGGGCGUAAACGUAAACGUCCGGCGGCAGAUAAAGGAGAGAAGCAGAAGGCCAAGAAGAUACGACUCCGUGUCAAGAACCACGUUGAACCGCCGUGUUGCCUGUGUCCCCACGACAUACCAGGACAGGAGGUUUUACCGACAAGCGAUGGUCGCAAAGCCCAUAGGAUCUGCGCACUAUACGGACCCGAAACCUGGGUUGAAACAGUUGAAGGGAAAGAAGUCGUCGCCAAUGUCGAAAACCUCAGCAAAACUCGCCUAGAAUUGAAGUGCCUGUAUUGCCGCUCUAAGAGGGGUGCUUGUUUCCAGUGUUCCCAGAAGAAAUGCGCCCGCUCCUACCAUGCAACUUGUGCCGCAGCAGCUGGAGUCUUGGUAGAAGAGGCAGACGUUCCUAUAUUCGGCGAGGAUGGAACCGAAUACAAGGAACAAGCCUUCGAAUUUAGCUGUCGUUUCCACAGGACCAAGAGAGAUAAGAAGUUGGAUGGGGAUGGGUUGGAAGAAUGUCAGAAGACCCGCCAAGCGGCGGCUGCUCUCAAAAAAGGGGACAUAUGCCAAUUGCAGUAUUACCGCGGGGAUAUCUUCGCAGGUGUUGUCGUUGAGAACCGAGCUGACGAACAGACGCUCCUUGUCGACAUUAUUCCCAACGGGGAACGUGUUGAAGUUGAAUGGAAAUGGCUUCUCCUUCCAGAUCCAGCCGACUUCCAUUUACCGAAAGCGUCUGCGAAUGCUAUUCCCAUGCCAACGUCACGUAAGGCUAAGGAUCAGAUCAAUGCCACAAAGCGAGUCACGGAGGAGCUUCCACGCGCAGAUGCACCGUUUGUCGAAGGAUUCACCUGGUCCGAAUUCAACUCGUGUGAUUGCUCGAACAAGUUCCAAGCUAAAGUGGAUCUGUCCAAGGAUAAUCAGAUUUGGUAUUACCUUGGUAGAACAUCGACGGAAGCGCGUGCUCAGUACACAGAAGAUCCGAAGAAUCCUAGACACAACCCUAAGAGUAACUUUUUAGAAACUGUUCCUCGACCGGCUCCGCCUACAGCUCAACCCCGAAAGUCAUAUGGAUCCACGUUUUCGGUACAGACUCUGACCACAACAGGAGCGAAACCUGAGAAGCCAUACCAGUAUAAGCCAAGGGAUCCUAUUAUUCCUUCCUAUGUCCAUUCUUCAUUUGCGACCCAACAGUUCGUUCCGAAGCCUUCUCCCUUCACGACACAGCAAUACAUCCCAAGGCCACCAUUCUAUCCCCCACAAAGCACAGCGUCGAAGCUGGUUCCUGCCCCCGAACAGACCUUACAGCGUACUCCGCAGCAGUCUGUACCAAAACCAGCGCCUACGCCACCUAUUCUGCAACAAAAAGGGCCGUAUACACCACAGCAUAAUAUCCAGAAGCCGGUCUACACCCCCCAGUUCAUCAAUCAUUACCCUCCACAGCAAUCUAUUCGUCAACAAACUUCUCCAGAUCAGCAAAGCGGACAAUUUAUUCCCCAGCAAACUCCACAACAGCCAGUUGCUACACCACAACAUAACAGACAAUCCUCCGCCCAACAUGUUAUAUCAAGGUCAGCUCCCAUACCUCGACCAACACCUCCGCAAGGCGGACACACUCGGAACCGGUCUUCACUCAAUGGUCAGUCUUUGGCGUUCGGUUCAGAUAAUCGAUUUAGGACGCCGCCGUUCUCGUACGGGGGUAGCCGAAUUGAUUCUACCGCCAAAUCACCCUUUAGCCAUGGGUUCACGCAACCUCCCGGCCUUGGGCCCUCGCCGUCACCGCAAAACGGCCAACUGUUCCAGGCCCAAGCUAGAGCUAGGUCUGGAUCGCUGGCAUCUAACCGUUCAUUCGACACGCCGAUGACAUCGUCUGCUAUUCGACCAUCUUCUGCAUCCGCUCAAGGGACUGUGGGAGAAGCCAAGAUUCCUCCGCAAUGCAAUGCCCCUAAGCAAGCGCGACCAAGCAUUGUUCAGAGAUAUGCCUUUUUCCAGGUUCAUCAUAACAGGGAUUCUACCAAGUAUAGGACACCUUACGCCAAUUGGGGUGGCUUUACCAACGGUUAUGAGGGUAACCUUCGAGCUCAUCUGAUGAGAUCGCCUGAAGCGCUUUUUGAGAUUAGAAGGCGAUCAUCUGGCUUCAGCAGCGGUACUCCUGGCCCACUCUCUACUCGCCAGAUUCCUUUUAGUAAUGGUAUCCCGAACAAUGGUACUCCUAGCCCAGCGCCAUACACGGGUAACUCUGGCCCAGCUCGCUCAUCGGCUGGUCUACCAACAUCUGAUUCUCCUACUCCACUUGCAACACAGAAAGUGACACUGCCAGCGACACAUAUAGCAUCAACCGGACGGCUAGAAGUUCAACAAACACCGACACGUGUCGUAGAUUCCUUGUAUUUAAGUGAAGGACCUAUAACACAACUACAUCCAGCAAUCCGAGCCCAAUAUGCCGCAUUGUUACAGACGAGAAACUUCGAGGCCCGCAACGAGCAAACUACCGUUCAAGCACACCAAGCCAUGCUAAACCAGCAAUCACCUUCGACGCCAAUACUAUCUUCUCAGGUCGCUUCGGUCACCUCGCCAAUGAUCAUCUCAGCUCCAAACCCCAACUCAUCACAGCCCAAGGUAGAUACCCCCUCACCAUCGAAUAUGGCCACUAUGGGCCAGAAACUGCCCCCGUCGACAAGCUCAAAUGCUCUAGCAAGGACACCAAGUCUACCACCUAGGCAGACUUAUAUACCACCUCCUCGACCGUGGGAAACACUACGUAAGUCACAGGUUCCGGUUCAGCCUCAAUAUUUCCCAACGGAACACCCAUCUCGUUCUAUGACACCAACCAUAGCCACCCCGACUAUUAACCCAAAUGCGCCGGGCCCGUCGAUGAACGACGGAUCCGGAAUUCCGAGGCACAUAGAAAGUCCAGGGCCCCAGCCCAGCAAUCCUCAGCCAGACGAGUCACGAACAGUUUCGGUACGUGACGUACGACCAGCAGACAUACAACGGUUAUCAGCCGCCACAGCUAUACAACAGCCAAGCGCAGCAGAGUCAGUAUCAUCACCAGGAAGAUAUACCACGACCCCUAUAGCCUCGGCACUUGUACCUUCGAUAGCAGUGGACACAAGUGACCUUCCGGAAGUACCAGACGAUUCCAUGGAAUUGAUUGAGAGCAUUAUCAGAGAUGCCCGGCGGAUCAGUAGCACGCACUGUAAUACCGCAAAUGAGAAUAUUGAGAUUACCGAUCCGAGAAAGUAGCAUAAGGAAUGUGGCGAACAAGACACGAGCAUAACGAAACCAUGAAAUAAUGGUCCCAGGGACGGCACGUGCCGUUCUGUGGAGUUUGGCGUUGAUUAGAUGGCAUCUUGCUCAACCUCCGGCAGAUGAUCAUCUCACGGUUAGACUUAGCGCCUACAUAGGCUUGUUUUAUUUCUCGGGCAUAGGGCUCAUGAAAGGGGAAUGUUUUGAUUUCGUACUCCUCCGUUCAUGUAUACGAAGGAGAUUUAUAUGUGGUUAGGCGGGGGGGAUUCAAGGAGUUGGACGGAUGGAUGUAUACUAUGGCUAGGCGACGAGUCACUUCUUGAGAUCUGUAGGACUCCUUCCUUGAGAGAUUCGAUUGCGAUGAUUUCGGAUGGCUGUACAACCAAGUGUAUGUAUAAUACAUUAUGAACUACAAUUGUUCAUGUUGCUACCUAGAUACUUGUUGCCUUAAUUUAUUUAAAGUACCAUCCGCAAA